UGUGACGUCACAAUACCAGCCUUGCUACUGUGUUGCUUGUGUGUUCCCGGCUCUUCCCAGAACCCUGCAGGAUUACCCCACCCCCACGCCGGCUCUCUCCUCACCUCCCAGCCUGGGCCACCCGGGGCCUCAGUUCUGAGCGCUCUCAGCGGUCUGGUGGGGCAGAGUGAGCAGGGCAGCGGUGUUUGGCAACGCCAAAGCUCUUCGUAUCUCUUACUGGACUCCGACCGGGGGAAACCAGAUUCAGAGAAUCCAUCCACUCCGCCAGAGCCAGGCCCCUAGGGGAGAUCGGAGACGCUGCGGAGCAUCAUGAAAUUCCAAUACAAGGAGGAUCAUCCUUUCGAGUACCGGAAAAAAGAAGGGGAGAAAAUUCGGAAGAAAUACCCUGACAGAGUCCCUGUAAUUGUGGAGAAGGCACCUAAAGCCAGAGUCCCUGACCUGGACAAAAGGAAGUACCUGGUGCCCUCUGACCUUACAGUUGGCCAGUUCUACUUUUUAAUUCGGAAGCGGAUCCACCUUCGGCCAGAAGACGCCCUAUUCUUCUUUGUCAACAACACUAUCCCUCCUACUAGUGCUACCAUGGGCCAACUUUAUGAGGACAACCAUGAGGAAGACUAUUUUCUCUAUGUGGCCUACAGUGAUGAAAGCGUCUACGGGAAGAAGAAGGCAUUGCAGGACAGAGCUGCUGGAUUGGCUGGGGGAAGUGUUCGACAUGUAUGAUUGGGAAUGGAGAUGGGAUCAUCCCUCCUUCCUGCCCUCUUCCCACCCUGAGAAAUUAGCCUUUGUUGUGCUAGAUGGAAGGGUUGGGCAGUUGUUUUCAGAUAGUCUCUGUCCAGGGAGGACUUCCCAGUUUUCUUACCCUGACCUGAGGAGUGGGAAACUCAGUUUUUGAUACAUUGGUAGGUGGGGUGUGUGUGGGAGAGACAGAAGAAAAGGCUCUGACUGUACCCCCAGUAUUUGACCAAACUUGUUUUUAAUCAUCUCUCCUUGGCGACAUCUCUUCCAUACUCCUACUGUGGGCUUUAUUCUCCCCAAAUAUCCCUAGGUAUCCAUCUCAGAGGGGAAUAUGGCCCUAGCGUUAUAACCACUAUUGCCUGGCUUUUGGGGCUUUUAUCUCCAGACUUCAGACAAGUAGAGAAAGACGUGGAGUGUGGAGGAUAAGGGGAGAGUUUGCCCCUUUGUCUUCUAUGGAGGUUGUUGGGCCAGGAGCUUGCAUCUGUCCCAUUUGGUGUUUCCUUCUUGUCUUUCUAAAAUGAGGGCCCAGGCCUUGGGACCAAAGAGGAGACUUGUUUUGUCAUUAAGGACCCUAAAAAAUUACUCCUUUCUUUUCACCCUCCAUUCUAUUGUCUGAUGAAACCUCCCAGUGGUGGUGAAAUCACUAAGAAUGUGGUUCUUGAGUUCUGUGGACUUUGGAAAGGAAGAUAGGCAAGAUUGAUAUAAAAUCACUAAACUGAAUUUAUCGAGAAUCCUUGUCCCAGCCUCUCUCUGGGUCUCUUUUAGUACAGAACAAGAAGCCCUAUCUGCCCAUGACUUACAUAACCUUCAAACAUUCCCGACUAUAGGUGGGAGUCUUCUCUAUCAUUCCUAAACCCCACCUUUCUGGACACAGGGGAAGGGGAGGAGGGGGGGAUUAACUCCCUCCUAGCAUUCUUGCUCCCAUGCACUUAUAAAUGGUGGAUAAUUUCAACUCCCUUGUUCUGUAUUCAUUCAUCAAAGCUGCUGGUUAGAAAGUUCUGGGUCCUGAUUGAUUUUGUGACUUUUGAUUAUUGUUUUCUCUUCUGGGGAAGGUGGGGGGAGGGGGGAAGGGAAAGAUGUGUCGAGCUCAGCCAUUUAGUUCCAUCUUGUUGCUUUGUUGGAAACCUGGUCCCCUGUGAUGGGGAGACACCUCUCUUUGUCAGUUGUUGUACUAGCUGCAGGUUCCUGUGUAAAUGAUGCUCUUGCUGUCAGGGCAAGGAAAUAAAAUAAUUGCACACUUUAAGAUCAA